AUGGCACUGAUACUAAUACUUGUCCUGGGAAGUAUUGGGGUCUCGCUGGCUCAGAUCCCUAUCACGUGUAAAAGGAUUUCUCCGUGUAUUUGUCGGGAUCAGAACGGGCGAUUUGUAGACCUCAGACCUUUGGCCAGAAACGACGGAACUGCCAGAUAUCCUGACGUACCAAUAUAUGGCGGAACUGAACCAUCUAAAACCGUCUUCUCCUUCAAUCCCUGCUAUGGAUUCAGUGAGGGACCUUCCGAUAGCGCGUGUAAAGACGUGGCAGUCUGUCAGAGCUUGAAUGGAACAUCAGACUUCCUCGAUCUCGGAGAUCAAAGAUCAGCAAGAUUCAGCCAUUUUGACAAUGGGAACUUGUCCAUCGUUUACACUUCUAAAGACAAAUUUCACUAUACUGUACUUAGUCUGUACUGUGCGGAGGAAAAAGGAGAUCGGGAGUUUUAUGUACAAGGAGAUCUGGGAAACAAUAUGACUUGGUUACAGCUGUGGACAAAAUACGCAUGCCCGAGAAAUGAAAGUGAAAUUGAUAAAUAUGAGAUUGGCAACACUAUUUCGGAGACAACAGCCAAAUCACAACCGGAAACGGAACUUUUCACUGCACCUCCGGCACCACAUGUGGUGACAAUGACAGCGCCUCCUUCGACAGUCAGCCUCAUCGUCCUUCUCCUUCUCGCCAUUCUGGUGUGUGUUGCCUUGAUACUUGCUGUACUGAUGGGCUCUGUAAUGAUCCGCACAACGAGGAGGAGGUUGUUUAGGAACACUAUUGUGUACCAGCCAGUGCCUACAGAACCCCAGGCCUAUUACGAUAAAAGUCUUGGUAUCAUUCUGUAA